AUGUUGAAUGUGUUUCUUCAUCAGCUGUCUUUUGUAUUCUCUGUGAAUGUACUUUUUGGGGUAUUUUCCGGUAUUAAGGAUCUUCUGCUUGAAAUUUUCACAGAUGGCCUUCCUAAUGGAUGUACUUUUUCCACAUCUAAUCUGCAAGGUGCCAUGAACGAAGUUCUCACCGGUCAUUGUCUGCAGUGUCACGAACUUCUCACUGUCGUAGCUUUUCUGUUAGUGUGGCGAGAGCAGCAUGUCGAGAACUGGACAAUCGUCAAUGUCCAACUGGACAUCAGGUUAAUCGAUACAGCCAAUCAGAGCGUUGGACCAGUCCGCUGCAUGACCAACGGCGAUGCGCGCAAGAAGGGUGAACAACGGUAA